AUGUCUGCUCAUGGACAAGAAUCCUCCGUCAUUAUUGAAAGUGCUUCUCAAAGCAAGGCUUACAUUGGUGUUCAUGCCGCUUCUGGCAUCCUAUCAUUCCUCGUUGCAAAAGGAAUUUUACUCGUUCCUAUGCAAAAUAUGAAAACUCGGGAGCAAUUCUCUGCACAAUUAAUAUCGGAUCGUCAUAUUGCUUUGCCACCUCCUUGGUUUUUGGGUUUGGGUGAAGAAUUGUGUAUUCAAUUCUCAGGAUUCUUCUUGCGGGUAGGCUUGAAUUCACUUUCUGCUAAAUGGAAUUUACAAAUUCCCAGUGUUGCAACAAGCAUGUUGAGUGAUGUGAUUACAUAUCCUCUCGUUGCAAAGAGAGUGAGAAGUGUGGUGAAUGGUUAUGGUGGAUGUAUUGGAGUUCAAUCCGCAUGUCCUGGUGGCGAUACUUGGGCUAAUUGGCUCAUCUCUGUGGGAACUUUUGUGUUGUACGGCGUAGUUGAAGAGAGUUUAUCGAGUGUCAUUUUCGAUAACUUGCUAAGCAAGUAUUUGCCAUUUGACACAGCAAGCAGUUUGUAUGCUGAGAGAUUAGCUCAGUCAUUAUCGUUGGGACUCGCAAAAUUGGUAUUGACACCAUUGGAAGCUCUGUACAAACAUCAAAUGUAUUUUGGUAGCGGUCAUGUUCCUCAUACGAAGAGAGAGAAUUUGAGAAGUCUGUAUAAGGGAGCUUUAUUAGGAUUUGGAGAAAGUCUUUCUUUGAUUUAUUUCAAAUAUGCAGUGUAUAAGAGUUUGAGUGAAUUGGGCUCAUCGAAAUGA